AUGUUUGCUCUUCUAUUCUUAUUUAUCGCAGUGGUUGCUGCGUACCCUGCCCGUGGCCCUUGUACUGGUGACUGCUGGACUAAGGAUCCCGCUGUGAUCCAGCGCAGUUCGGAUGGUACUUAUUUCCGCUUUGGUACCGGUACUGGCGUGGUUACUAUGACCUCGCCUAGCCUCAAGGGCCCAUGGAAGGAUGUUGGCGCUGCUUUGCCCAGCGGUUCCAAGAUUAACGUUGAAGGUGUCGAUAGUCAUGAUAUCUGGGCCCCUGAUGUGCACAAGGAGGGUGACACGUACUACAUGUACUAUGUUCUCUCUAAGCUUGGCACGCAGACUUCCCAGAUUGGCGUGGCUACCUCGACCACGCUUGAGCCCGGUUCCUGGACUGACCAUGGCGAGAUUGGCCUGCCCGCCAACAGCGCCUACAACCGUAUCGACCCUAACUGGAUCGAGAUCGGCGGCAAGCAGUACCUCCAGUUUGGCUCUUACUGGCAGGACAUCUACCAGGUUGAGCUUGCGAAUGCUCUCCAGGUCGGCUCCGCUGCCCCAUACCAGCUCUCUUGGAACGCCUCCCUCAACCACCGCCAGGAAGGUUCUUUCAUGUACAAGAACGGCGACUACUACUAUCUGUUCUUCAGCGCUGGUCUGGCUGGCUCCUACACUGCCAACUCCCCGCCCGCCGGUGAGGAGUACAGCGUCCGUGUAUGCCGAUCUGCCACUGGAACCGGACACUUCGUAGAUAAGGCGGGAAAUGAUUGCAAGCAGUCCGGUGGGACCAUGGUCUUGGCUAGCCACGACCAGGUCUAUGGCCCUGGUGGAGAAGGCGUGAUCAAUGACAAGGACCUGGGCCCUGUUCUCGUCUACCACUACUAUCCUCUGUCUCUCAAGCAGAGCGGCGGCUCCAAAGGCAACGACGGGUACCAGUUCGGCUGGAACGAACUCGACUUCGCGAGUGGCUGGCCCGUCGUCAAAGCCACCUGA